UAGAAAAAAAAGCACAGUCAGUCAUGCCACCUUUCAGCAGCUUUAUAAAAAAUUAUAAUCUUAAAUUUGUCCAGAUCCUCACAUUUGCCCUGUAAUAACAAUUAAUCUUUGUAACAUCUUAAACAUUAUCAGCACUAGAGCUCCAACCUCUUCCUUCUCUGAUGCUGCCAUUUAUUCUCCUCCUAUGCGUCGGCCAAUGGUCUCUUCUUCUCUCUGCUGCGUUCAACGUGUCUCAUCUUCCGGGCUUCUUGCACGAGGGGGGCUCUCUACCUUUCCAUUUAGAAACUGGCUAUGUAGAAGUGGAUGAAUUUCUUGGCGUGGAGCUAUUCUAUUAUUUCAUACAGUCGGAGAGGAAUCCGAGAGAAGAUCCAAUUCUCUUAUGGCUUACAGGCGGACCAGGCUGCUCUGCUUUCAGUGGCCUUGCUCUUGAGAUCGGCCCGAUAAAAAUCAGAUCAGAAGAAUACAACGGGAGCUUGCCGAAUUUAGUUUAUAAUCCUUACUCUUGGACUAAGAUUUCCAACAUAAUUUUUUUGGAUUCACCAGUCGGAACUGGAUUCUCUUUCUCCAACCAUCCACAUGGGUAUGAAACUGGUGAUAAAUCUUGGUCAAAACAUGCUACAAUAUUUCUCAGGAAGUGGUUUGUGGAUCACCAGCAGUUCCUUGCAAACCCUCUGUAUAUUGCUGGGGAUUCCUAUGCAGGAAAGGUUGUGCCUGUGAUAGUAUAUGAAAUUUUAAACGAAAAUGAGCUCAAAGUGCAGCCAACACUUAAUAUUCAGGGUUAUAUGGUUGGUAAUCCAUCAACAGGUGAGGUGAUUGAUUUUAAUGCUCGAGUACCAUUUGCCUUUGGAAUGGGAUUAAUUUCAGAAGAACUAUAUCAGGGAAUUGGUGAGAAAUGCAAAGGUGAAGACUACGAGAGUCCGAAGAAAGCUGUAUGUGCUUCACUUACUCAAAUCUUUAACGAGUUCGAGUCAGAGCUUAUGACAUCAGAAAUUUUGGAGCCCAAAUGCAGUUUGGCUGCACCCAACCCGAAAAACACAGUUGUUGGUACAGGAAGGUCUACUCUUCAGGAGAGCAACAAGCACUUUCUGGGCCCCCAAUUCCUGAAGUCAAGUGCAGAACAUACGCUUAUUAUCUCAUGUAUAUAUGGCCUAUUUCUGCAGACAUACGCUUAUUAUCUCAUGUAUAUAUGGGCGAACAACGCAGAAGUUCAAGAUGCUCUCAAUGUUAAGAAGGGAAAAGUGAAGGAGUGGCUGAGAUGCAGUGAUCACUUGAAAUAUAGAGAGGAUAUAAGCAGCAACCUCAAGUAUCAUGUUAAUGUCACAACCAGAGGCUAUCGUGCAUUGGUUUACAGUGGUGAUCAUGACAUGCUUGUCCCCAUGAUGGGCACGAAGCAGUGGAUUAAAUCACUCAAAUUCUUUGUCACCGAGCGGUGGAGAUCCUGGCAUGUGAGCGGCCAAGUUGCUGGAUACACGGAAUCCUACUCCAAUAAUCUGACCUUUGCGACGGUUAAGGGCGCCGGACACACAGCUCCGGAAUAUAAGGGCGAGCAAUGUUUAGCCAUGCUUGGAAGGUGGAUUUCUAGGAUGCCGCUAUGAUGUCUGGUGCUGCACAGUUUAUGAAACAUUUAGAGUAGCAUAAAUCCAUUGUUGUCAUUGUACUAAAAAAUAUAGUUAUUAUCCGCUGAAUGUUGAUAUAUAUACAAUGUUAUAAUUAUUGCAUGGCAUGUUGUAAUAGCUAGGGCUGUCAAAAAAGCCCGUUAUUCACGAACAACUCAUGUUCGUCUCGUUAAGUAG